UCUAUUAAUGAAUUUGACGAGUGUUACAUAUUCACUCGGACAGUUGCUCAAGCUCAACCACCUUGUCGUACCGUUUCUGCAUUUGGAUGGCACUGAAAAGACCAUUUCUGGCGGCGAUGUGCCACUCAAUCAGCAGCAGCAGUUGGACAAACUCUGCAGCCGGAGCGCUAAAUCUCGCCGAUUAGCGAGCUUAAAUCCCCCCCACAUUUUUCAUCAAAAUUCCAAGGUAACCCUUUCGUCCCGAAAGACUUGAUGUUUCCAUUUUAUUCGGCAGAAUCUUGGCAUUUGAGCUUCCGUAGAAAUUACUAUGCUGGGAAUCUCAUCAAAUUGAUGAUGACCCAUUUGCACAAACUCAGAACAGCAUCUAUUCUCAAAUGGGUUUCUUCAAAUUUUGAUAAAAACCACUUUAGAUCGACAAGAACCCCAAUUCACCCAAUUGGGUAUUUCCCCAUUGUCCAAAACCCUAGGUUUUACACAACUAAAAGGGAUUCUGUGACUCAAAGUUGUGAAAAAGGGGAUACUACUUCGACUGCCAUUGCUAAUGGCAAAAGUGAUGCUCAAAUUUCUCGUGCUAUUAGAAAAGAAGCGGAAAAUGCAUUGUUCGAUUAUUUGUAUUUUACUAGAUACUUACAGUUUGCAGAUGCAGAGAACAUGAGUAAAAACUCCCCACAUUUUCUCAGGAAGCUUGUAAAAUGUGCUGGUAAUGAAAAGGGAUAUGGGGGUUCAAUUGCUCGUUUCUUGCGUUACCACCCUAUUAAUGAAUUCGAACCUUUCCUUGAGAGCUUGGGGUUGAAACCUUCCGAGUAUAGUCCUCUUCUUCCUCGCAAUUUGAUGUUCUUGAUCGACGAUGGUUUGUUGCUUCAUAAUUAUGCUGUUUUGUGUAAUUAUGGGGUUGCUCGUAAUAAGAUAGGAAAGAUUUAUAGGGAAGCUACUGAAAUCUUUCAAUACCGUGUUGGGGUGUUACGAUCAAAGCUUGAAGCUUAUGAAGAACUAGGUCUCAGCCAGUCUGAUUUGAUUAAGCUUGUUGUUUGCUAG